CACAAUUAACAAGUCUGCAUAUCGUUAAUGUGUGCUAGCAAAAAUAUUCCUGUACCAGAAAAGAUGAGAAAUGCGAUUUAUUGUGUUUUCGUACCUUCGUACAUAUCUUUCGGUUACAUGAGACUGAUCAAAUUGCAGUACAAGAUGUUACUUACCGCUAUUUGGAAGGAUUGGUCAACCGAUAGUCACAGUAACGAAUUUCACAUUAUGGCCGAGUACGCCAAAAAGGGAGCACUCCUUUCUUGGUUAGACUGUGGAAUUGGUGUUGUCUGUAUCUUAGUUUUCUUACAGUUAUUGUUAACGCCAUUAGUUUUGGACAUAAUUUCACCAAUGAACGAAACGCGGGAUUUAAUAUACAUUUAUCCAGCUUAUUAUUAUAUCGAUGACCGGAAGUAUCGUGCAAUUAUAAAUUUACAUAUGGCGUAUACAUAUAUUUUAGGAAUUAUUGUGUAUAUUGGUUGCGAUACAAGUUACAUGUGCAUUGUGCAACACGCCUGUGGACAAUUAGCAGUGGCUGGACAUCGUUUCAAGAAUGCGAUUUUUGAUUUGUCUAUUGUCAAUAAAACGAGUGCCAUACAGGAUGAGAUUCAUGAAAGAGUACUUCGUUCGAUUCGACAACACCAACAUGCUAUAGAUUACCUGAAAACUAUUCAAAGCAUUCAUUCUACUUAUCUUUGCAUUUGCAUCGGUUUGGUAAUGGCAACUUUCAGCGUCACGUUAGUAAAGGUGAGCUCUUUAACGUGCAAAUUCACACAGUUUGACAGUAAUUGUAAUUACCGUGCUUCAAAACAGGUUGCAGCACAAUCAGAAAUUUCUGCGGAGUCUAUCAAGGACGUUGUAUUUCUCUCAUCUCAAUUGACACACAUAUUUCUAUUAACGGUACAAGGACAAUUCGUACAGAAUGCGAACGAUGAAGUUACCGAAUCGAUAUAUGACGCGUUAUGGUAUAAUUCUAAUAAUAAAACGAAACUAUUGUUUGUAUUAGUACUAAGAAAUUGCUUAAAUCCUCCCACUUUAUCAGCUGCUGGAUUAAUUAUCUUGGAUUUGAAGAGCUUCUCAGAGAUUAUAAAAACAUCUGUUUCAUACUUUACCGUAUUGAAAUCUAUGUAAACCGUAAAAUACUCCCGACAGAGGCAAUGAAAAACAAUACUCCAGAACAAAGAUUAGUGGAUAAAAUACGAAAAUAAUUACAGUUAUUCUUAUUUUUAAACUACUAACCAUUUUUUGGUUUUAUCCCCACUUAGUGAUGCUUGGUGAGAAAAUAAUUUAUGCUAAAUUUCAGAGUGAUUAGACAACAGGAAUCUAUACCACAUAUAAGUUGAAGUUUUCAAGUUUUAAUGUUUUCGCAUUAGUUAUGAGCAUAAUCGUGUUUCGUUGUUUUGGAAAUAUUAAGGAAUGUUUUAAAAUAAAAGCACAAUGUCUAAGAUC